ACUCCUUUGUUCUUCAACAACCUUCACACACAAAUAUAACUGCUCUCAAAUUUCUUACCAAAAUACCCAGUUGGGAAUUUCAAGUCUCAACCAAAUCCCAUGGCAGCCUUGUUCAAGCUUCUCACAGCUUUGUGUGUUUUGGCCUCUCUAUCUUCCUUCUCAGAUGCGCAAACAUGUAAGAACUACACGUUCACCAGCAACCAAGCCUUCACUUCCUGCAGCAACCUUCCUUACCUCAACGCCUUCCUCCACUGGACCUUUGACCAGUCCACCGGGAAGCUCCAGAUGGCUUACAGGCAUACGUCGGCGUCAGCCACCAACUGGGUCGCCUGGGCCAUCAACCCGGACCUGACCAAGACCCAGAAGGCCAUGACCGGCGCGCAAGCUCUUGUUGCUAUUCCUCAAACCAGUGGGGCCCCUUCAGUCCGCAUGUCUUCGAUCACCGGAUACGGCACGACUUUGGCGAACGGAACUUUGAGUUACGAUGUGAGCGGUUUAUCGGCUGAGUCUCAGAACGGUGAGGUGAUCAUCUACGCCACUUGGACCCUGCCGACGACUACGACGACGAUUCUUCAGGUUUGGCAGGAGGGUCCGGUUGUGAGUGGGAACCCCACACAACACGGAAGCGAUACGGCCAAUCUUAAUGCCCAGGGGACUUUGGACUUGCUUUCCGGCCAGACCGCCGCUUCCGGUGGAGCCAGCUCCACACUCAGGAAGAAAAACAUUCACGCAGUGCUAAAUGUAGUGAGUUGGGGCAUCUUGAUGCCUGUAGGAGCCAUGGUAGCAAGGUACUUGAAGACAUUCAAGGCUGCAGACCCGGCAUGGUUUUACCUCCACGCCGGUUGCCAGACCUCUGCUUAUAUUGUUGGUGUUGCUGGAUGGGCCACAGGUAUUAAGCUCGGUAGCGAUUCUGCAGGUAUCCAAUAUGACACUCACAGAAACAUUGGGAUUACCCUCUUCUGCCUUGGAACACUUCAGGUGUUUGCUUUGCUUCUGAGACCAAACAAGGAUCACAAGUUCAGAUUCUACUGGAAUAUCUACCAUCAUUUGACCGGGUAUCUUGUCAUAAUUCUCAGUGUUGUUAACAUAUUCGAAGGGUUCGACAUCUUGAAACCAAACAAAAACUGGAAGAAUUCAUACAUUGGCCUCAUCAUUGCUUUGGCUGUCCAAGCUGCUUUGUUGGAAGCUUACACAUGGUAUGUUGUACUGAAGAGGAAGAAGGCUGAAAAGGCGCCCCACGGCUCGAAUGGUGUCAACGGCUAUGGUGCUUAGAGAUCGGAGAUUGCAGAACGUAUAGAAUGGCUUGAGGGGAGGAAGUGGUUCUUCUUUUGUGUGUCUUCCUCUUUCAUCUUCCUUCUGCAUACACGUUCUUGCACCCUUUUGUAUAUUUAUCGCUCAGAGCGUGUUUAAUUAGGAUACAUUUUGUGUACUGAGUUCAGGAUUUAGAGGUAGAGAUUUGUUAUAUUUGUCUACUCAUUACACUUGAUUUUUAUCUCCCGCUAUAUUGAUUUGAUUUUUCCGUCUUA